AAAGUUGUAGCGCUAACAUAGCGUAAAGUCUUUGAACUGGAACUGGAAUCCACAAAAUGAUUUUAUGACAGGAAGUCCUGUCAUAAUAUCACAAUAAAACAAGUUCUUAUUAUUGUUCCAAAGUCUUUUUUCAGUGAAGUUAUUUGUUAAUGAAACAGAACAUUACCUUGCAAAGGAACGACAAAUCUAAGCAAAAACAGACUUUUUCCAAAAAUUUUCCCCAAUAGAACCCUACUAAUAAAGAAAUGUGCACUAAACCCUUUAGAAUCACAGAUGACUUGUAUACUCAAAAUGUUUUUACAGAAGCUCGUGAAUUACUAAGUGAAUGGAUGGUCAAAAGCAUGUUUACUUCUGAAGAUUUAGAUUUUACAACCGUUGAUCUAGAACAAUUUACGCCUGACAGAAGAGAAAUCAAAAAGGAAUGGGAUCAUCUUGUUCAAAAAGCGUUCCAUCAAAAUAAUUUUUCAGAUAACUAUGCGAUAAGAAGUCGUUUUAAAGAUUUCUCGUUUCCGGAAUAUGAUUCCAGAAAUACAUGCCCAAGUAAUCUCGCUUUUGCAACGUCAAGAAGAGGCCAAAGCAAGACGGGAACUUCGAAAAAAGAAUUGGAAUCUCGCCUGCUUCGUGAGGCUACUGAUCGUGAAAUAAGAGAGCAAGCUCUUCAUAAGGCUAAGCAGGAUGAAAAAUUGAGACAAGCUCAGGAAAAAAGAGAAGAAGAACUACUUCAACAAGAAAUGGUACGAGUACGUAAAGAAUUGGAAUUGGAGAGGAAUCUAAUUAAUAAAUUCAGGAACUCUCAAAGUGAAAUCAAAAAUAAUUCGCACCAACAGAACCCUGUUCCCCAACUAGACCUUUCAAGCAUCUCAUUUUCUUCUGAGAAAUCAACGGAUGAGGAUGUUGGUGCAAAUGUAAUAAAGCUUAGCUGCAGGUCUAACCAAAUGGAGAACGAAAAAUAUUUGAUAAGACAUACAUUUAUUGCCUGGCACAAUAUAAUUCGCAGCAUAAAGAUCAAAUAUUCUACCCUUAAAGUGCAAGUUGAAUUUCGUUUAAAAAAAACAUAUUUCAAUUAUUGGAAAUUUAAAGUACGUGAAGUUCACUUAAACAAGGAAAUUAAUAAAGCGAAAUUGGACAGCAUAGAAUUAGUAAAGAAGGAAUAUAUUGCAAAACAACAUUAUGAAAUGUUUCUCUUUAAACAGUGUUUUUCACAAUGGAAGCAUUCUGUUAAAAUGGAGAAAUCUACUCGCGACCAAAUAAAUAGAGAAAUAUUAAGACAAGAAAAAGAAGUUGAAUUUCUUCAUAAUUUAGAGAAUAUAAUCAGGAACGAUGACGGAAACGCAAAUUCAUCUGAUGUUAACAAUGAUGGUCGUAAUGAUAAUGGAUCAUCUUUUGGUCAUAGGUGUUUAAGCGAUAGAAAAUCGCAAAAUUCAAAGAAUGUGGGUGUUAACAGAAAAUGCUUGAAGUCAAUGAGUUCAUCUUGUUCUCUUGAUGACCUGAAGUAUAAUAUUCCCAAAUUUCAUGCUUCUGAAAGUGAAAGAAAAAUGGCAAUAAAACCACCUACUCAAUCAAUUCCAGUGAAACCACAUUUAAAUCAAACCGUUAUCCAACAACGUAAUAUUAUUGCUGCUCAGAAACGUGAAAUUGAAGCUUUAAAAUCAGCUCAUCAUUAUUCUGAGUUGUUGUUAGAAGCUCGAGCUCAUGAACUGGCCAAAAAUAUUUUAGAAAAAACUUAUACAAAAAACAAUCGACGUUGUAAAUCUGGUUCAACAUUGAAAGAAGCAUCAUCUAAUGUUGAAGAUAAAUGUGUCAAGGAUGAUUCCAAUGAUAGAAACCUGUGCAAGACUGAAACCCCAGCGGACAAUAUUAAUCAGUUGACUACAACGGAUUCCCUAUCAAAACCACUACAUCCAGCUAUUAUACCAGCUAUUAGAAAAGAUUCAUUUGUUCGAAGAAUGGAAGAGAGGGCUGCUGAAAGAGCUCGCCGACACGCCAUACAAGAAGAAAGAAGACGUGAAAAUGAACAACGAAAGAAAGCAGAAUUAGCUAAACAGUUAGAAGAGGAAGCUAACAGAAUUAAAGACGAAAAGAGAAUACUUAUAGCUGCUCAAAAGGAGAAAAGAAUUCGUGAACAAAAGCUAAAACAACAAACGGAAUUAAGAUUAGCGCAUCAACAGGAACUGAACUCAAAGGCUGUCACUCAUAGGAAACUAUUAUGUCUUCGUUAUUAUGGCUUUAAGCCAUGGAUUAAAUUCUUAAUUCAACAACAUACAUUGACUGAGGUAGCUAAUGUUCAUCUACAGAAGGUUCUUAUGAGAAAUGCAUUUCAUAGUUGGCUGUUACAUGUACAGAAUAAACGUGAACAAGAAAAUAAGUUUACUCAAAAUCAUUACAAUACUUGUCUCAUGAAAAGAGGAAUGAAAGGAUUUAAAAAGGCCUGUGAAAUGUGCAAACAACUUGAGGUUCAUGCUAGUCAGUGGUAUAAUCAACAACGUUUACGACUUAGUUUCUCAAUGUGGAAUCAGUAUGUAGUGGAUUUAUGCAUCCGAGAAUGGCAACAAGAAGAAACUGCUUAUGCUCAUUACAGCAGACGGUUAUUGUUCUUCUAUUUCAAAAUAUGGAUUCAAUUUCCAUUGUCACAAAGGAUACAGCGUGAACGUGAAUAUCGCCGAGAACAAUUUCGUAAAUGCCUAUUAGAUCUUGUUCCCGAUUUUAGUCCACCUAAACAAGAUACCAGUGAAUUGGAGUAA